GCCCACGCGAGUAAACGUGACCCUUCCUUCUUAACAAAGAGAUGCUGGAAAGGAGCAGUGCGUUAAAAAGCAUGUUCUUUUCAUAAGGUAUAAGAGCUUCGAAGGCAACAGGCGCAGUGAUAGGGAAUCAAUCCAUCGUAACCAACUCUGGUGAGACGAAGGCCUCCGAACCAUGGAUAUUCCGGAACCAUCUGAUGGAGACAUUGAUAUCGGCACAAAUGUCUUCCACGCAUGCUGGGCUCUUACGGGCAUAGUGGGUGUCGUUCUACUGUUUCGAUACUCCGUCAAAGCAUGGAUCCGAUGGGCGUUACCCCAGGUCACAGCGCCGGAGCGGGUAUGGGGCUUGGAGGAUCUGUUCUUCCUGAUCGGAUACGGGUUUGAUUUGGCCCAUAUGUCGAUUGUCCAGAUUAGUUCGAAAUGGGGUCUGGGACGGCACUACUACUAUCUCACAUCAGUCGAGAAAGUACAUGCUAUGAAAUAUGAUUUUAUCUCCCAGCCUAUCGCGGUCACUGCUGCCAUGGUCUCCCGUGCAGGAAUGAUGUGGUUCCUCUUUACCUGCUUCUCUGCAAGUAAUCGACGCCUCCGGAUUGUCAUUGUCAUCUGCAUGAUUGUUCAGAUCGUGGUAAACCUGGUCACAGUGGUCCAGAUCUUGGUCCAGUGUGGACCGAAUCCAUAUCGUCCAUCGGAUCGCCUAAAAUACUUCCACUAUAUGUGGGAUUCUCUACCCGCAGACGGGUCAGUUAAGUGUCAGGACCCAUCGACACAAAUGAUCAUUGGUUUUGUACAGGGAGGAUUCAAUAGCGUGAUUGACUUCUUCCUGGCCAUUAUUUCAGCUGUUGAAUUGUGGCAAUUCUUUCUCCAGACCCUGCAUCGAAAUCCUGAAUUGUCCUUCUGGUCUCAGUUUCAAAAGAUCAGUAGCUCGGUCCGGUCAAGGAGAAUCUGGCAGACCAUUACCCUGAGUGGGCCUUUGCUUUUGUCCGGUGCUGCUUCGAUAGUAAAGACAUAUCUGCUCAAGACGCUCGGCAGUCGACAAGACUUCACCUACAACAUUGUCCCCUUCGUUUUGUGGGUCAAGAUUGAGAACUACAGCAUCCUCCUCGCCACCUGUGCCCCUGUCAUCCGUCUCUUCUUCCGCACCUUUAUCGAACGCCGUCGCGAGGGCCACUGGGGAGGCUACUGGCGCUCGAACUCCGACAACAAAAAUCAUCAUAAUAGCGAUCGCUCGAGAGAAGCGGAACACCAGGUGGAACUGGACAAUCGCGUCCAGAAGAACCUCCUUAGUACGACCACGACGACUACUCUGGUCACUCAAAAUGGGUACAACGACGAAGAAGUGAACCCUGCCGUGGUGACAGACUACUGGAGCAAAUACCCCGACGGGUGCACAGGCCGCUUCUCCAAGGCGACGAGGGGAUCGCCCGUCAAGGCAUCACUGGAGACUGGGCGGGUCACUGUGCAGACAGACAUUAUGGUGCAGGUCGAUGAGGGUGUCAAGAGGUCCAUGUCCUCGUCAGGGGAAAGGCUUUUGGAAACAGACCCCUAAACUCUUAGAAAUACCCAUACUGAUCAAUUCGUAUAUGUCUGAGUAUGUUUUUGUUUGUUCAGGAUAAGGGGUCAUGAUUUGAUGUAAGGGUUCUUGGUCCAUCACAGUAGUUAGUUAGUAUGUACUAUUAGUAUAGCGUCUUCGAUAACUCUAUUUCUCAC